AUGAAGAAUGAAGCUUUUAUAUCUGGUUGGCGUUUGAUUCUUUCAGUGUUCACAGUUGUUGAUGAUGACGCCUUCUGCUCCUGCGACUCUCCCCCUUCCUGCAUCGUAACCACCCAGUCUAAUCACGUCGUUUGUGCAACGUCAUCGUUUUCUCGGUUAAAGCUCAAUAUUGAAGGAUUUGAAAGAUCUUUAGGGCAUAUAUCAGGUGUGAUGAUUUUUGUUGAUACAAGUGGAGAAUCCUUAAGGAAAAUGCAAAAUUUUGGGUUUAUUCAAAUAAUAAAUACUGCCUCAAAAAAUUCCACCUUGCUUUUCACAUGGGCUAAUUUUGUUGGAGGGCAAUCUGAAUUUACUGGUCAUCACUUCAACUCAAAGAUAAAGAGGCCUGAUGGCGUGCAUGGUGUGCUUCUACAUCACAAGACUGCAAAUGAGCAAUCUCUGCUCACAUUUGCAAUUGCAGCAGAAGAGACUGAAUAUGUUCAUAUCUCAGAAUGCUCUGUCUUUGUUAUAUCUGGUUCUCACAAAGGCAUCUCAGCGAAGGACAUGUGGCAUGAAGUUAAACAGGCUGUGUUGCCCCAUAUAAGCUAUCACUAUGCUCCAAGCAUUUUAUAA